AUGAGACAAAUCCAAGAGGAUAGAGCACUUAGACAAUUCACUUUGAGUACAGGGAAGUCCGCUGGUAGGAAUUCCUCAGAGCGUAUUACGGUUUUUCACCGAGGGGGUGGAUCGAAGCGAUUGCAGCGAAGAAUUGAUCUGAAACAAAGCACUUAAUCUAUGGGCAUUGUAGAAAGGAUAGAAUAUGACCCUAAUCAUUCUUCUUAAAUCGCUCCAGUACAAUGGAUUGAGGAUGUGCAACUACAGCUAUGCCGCCAAACGAAAUGCAACACAAUAGAGGAGUUUGCUCCGCCACGUAAGAUCCUCGAACCUACCACAACCACCAUCCGCGCCCUAUUUUCAUUCUCUUCCCUGCCCGGGAAGGUGGAUCAAAUAAAGGUAGCUUGCUACUCUCCUGGAUUGAUGGCAGCUUAUGUAGUGGUCGGCCUUUCUACCAAAAUGCCUCCUUGGUUAAAGAGCCCCUUUACUAGUAAGUGCGCAGGAAGCAAAAAAACUUGCGCGAAUGACGUUUUCUUCUCUGCCUUCUCCUCUCCAAAGGCCUUUGGAGAGAUAGCAUCCCUUUCCUUCGAUAGCUCUUUUGGUUUCCCAAGGAUAGCAGUAGCUAGGGCAAAGCCCGCUUUCCUCGCUCCGCGAAUGAGAGAGAAACUUAGAGGAAAAAACAUGUUCUCUCUUUGCGAGGUCCGAAAGUGGAGAACGCAUAGCAUUCUCUGGGCACAUAGGAUCAAACGUAAAGCAGCGCUUUCUUAGCAGAGUUUUAGGUGGAAAGAGACUUUAGGGCUUGUUGGAGCUGCUGAGCAUAAUGAAUCGAAGCCAAAGACGGAUCAAGGUAGCUUACCUGCCAAGCUGAUAGGCGAAGGGCCGAAGGAUGGAGCAUGCAAAGUAGAUCGUGCACCUGUCGUGUGACUCGUUGCCAGUCAUCAAUUGGAAGCGGGCAAGAUGGUGAUGAAUUUCAAUUGGUCUAAACCUUCGACCAGAGACUUAUUGCGACCUGCCCAGAAUUCACAUACAUACUAAGACAUUAUUCGCCACAGCGAAGAAAGGCCAAGUGGAAGGGGGAAGUCAGCUGGAUGCUUCUUGGCCGCGCCCCCUAGCUUAUAGAUACAAGAGACUUUUUCUAAAUUUUCAAAUAGGAAAUAGCAUACCAUUAGCCUAUAUACAUAUAGGAACAUGGGUACAUGAUAUUGAAUGUCAUCUAGGUCAAGACACAAAGCUGGCUCAAACCGCAGGAACUUUUUCUAAAAUAGUGAAGGAACCAGCACCCCCUACACUCUCUCUUAGGCUUGGGCGGCUACCUUCGGGUGUUGAAAAACUCAUGGAUUCCCGAUGCCAAGCUACUAUUGGUAUAGUUUCCAAUCCCAACCACGGUGCACGUAAGCUUCGAAAAGCUGGACAAAGCCGGUGGUUAGGCAAACGCCCCAUUGUUCGUGGUGUUGCAAUGAAUCCAAUGGAUCAUCCUCAUGGAGGAGGUAAGGGGCGCACGAAAGGAGGUAGACCUUCGGUGUCACCUUGAGGGAAGCCCACCAAUGCUAGAUUUUGGGGAGGGUGGGGAAAGUAAGAAAUGAGUUCAUGCCACGACAAUCUAUAUGGAAGGGCAGUUUUGUUGAUGCAUUCUUGUUGAGAAUGAAGAAGAAGAGAGAUCUUCUUUUCAACAGGAAAAUUUGCUCACGUAGAUCUUCUAUUUUUCCAUAAUUCGUUGAUUGCUCCAUACGAAUUUACAAUGGAAAAACUCAUGUUCAUUGUAAGAUCACUGAAGAAAAGGUUGGUCAUAAAUUUGGAGAGUUUGCUUCUACAUGGAAAUGAAGACUUUCAAGAACAAAUAUUGGAC